AUGUUGCUGAAUAUCGGUAUCAUCUCUUGGCUUAGCUCGGGCAUUCUCGUUUUUCUUGUAUGUCUUAUGGUCAAGCUCUUCGAGACUUCUCCCGUCCCGGAUGGCAUUCCCUGGGUUUUGAAGAAGAAGAAUAUCUUGGGGCGUGCUGCAGAGCGUUUCGUUGGCGUCAACCCCGUUGGCUUCAUUCAGGACGGGUACAAGAAGUACUCUAGAAAUCAGGAACCGUUCGUGAUGCCCAGUAUCAACGAGGGUGAUGCAGUGAUUCUUCCGACGGAUCAGUCAAAUACUGUUCUCUUGGCCAAAGAAAACGAAUACAGCUUCAAGGCCCAUAUUCUCGAUUUUUUCCAGCUGAUGUAUACUAGCUGGCCCUUGGCCUUUGCAGAAAAGUAUGAUUUCUAUGUCAAGCUAAUCAGCAAGGACCUCAGUGCAACACUCGAAACCAAACUAGUCGCAAAGUCGCUCGCUGACGAGGCUCGAUCCUGCCUGUCAGACCUCUGGGGCAAUGAUACCGACGACUGGGUUGAGGUGCCAUUGUAUGCUGCUAUGGAGAAGACGGCUUCCAGGAUGAUCAAUGUACUUGCGAUUGGACCGGGUCAUAGUCACGAUGAGACUCUUUUGACUGCCUUGACACACUGUUCUAACGCCAUCGUUUUUGGGUCCAAUGUUAUCAAGGCAUUCCCCACCUUCCUUCACCCGAUCAUCGGCCCAGUUGUGGGACUGGUCAAUAGAUACUUCGAGGUGAUCUUUCACAGACGCAUGAAACCUAUUAUCGAGGCCAAGGUUAAGGAACAAACCGAAGCCCAGGAUUCCACGGCUCUGCAUGAAACCCUCAAGUCCCAGGUGAGCGCAAGACCCUCCGCCCAAGCGUUCGAUACUGAAAGUCUUCAGGGCAGUCUUUUGGACAUGCUCGUUCAGGCGGGACUACGUAGUAAAUGGCCGAUGGAGGUCACGUCGAUGUGGCUUGCGUAUCGAGUCUUCAUGAUCAACUUCCCUGGCGUGCAUACCAGCGGCGUAUCUGCCACCAGCAUCCUCCUGGAUAUCUUGAGCCAUUCAGCCGAUGAGAAACUUCUUGACGUCUUGCGAGAGGAGAUAGAGGGUAUCGCCAUCAAUUCCGACCGAGCAUGGACCGCCGAGGAUCUAGAAAAGGCCUGUUUGCUAGAAAGUGCCGUAAAGGAGAGCCUGCGAUUGAACGGCAUCAACUCUAUCUCGCCAACCAGAAAGGUUGUUGCGACCGACGGAGUCACACUCCCGAAUGGGCUUUUCCUCCCUCGUGGAACCAAUAUCGGGAUCCCUCAGUAUGCCCUCCACCGGGACAGUGACCUAUACCCCGACCCGGACAAAUAUGACCCUUGUCGAUUUUAUACUGCGAAUGCCUCUGCUGAGGAGCGACAACGGGAUGCGAUGACCACCACCACCGACAAGUAUGUGGUCUUCGGUCACGGCCGUCGACAGUGCCCCGGACGCUGGAUCUUCGCCCACAUUGUCAAGGUGACUAUCGCGGAGAUGCUUCUGAACUACGACAUCAAGCCUCUGACUACUCGUCCCAAAAUCCAUAGGUGGGGACGAUUCCAGCUGCCACCGGUUACAACCAAGAUCUCCGUCCGGCGCAAAAAGAGCACCGUCGCUGUGCCUUUGUAG